AUGAGACCAGCAGGCCUCCCUGCUGAUUUCGCAAGAGGCCCGCUCCUACUCGUCCACCUGACGCGCUGGGCUUGGCGUGGACUUAGCGAGCGGCGGGCCAUCAUGAUGGACGUAUUCUUCAUCGUUGCGCCGACUGUGGCCUUCUUCGUUGGCGUGAUCGUGGUCCUCUACCUCUACGCCAACAAGAAGGAGGUCGCCGCUCCUUCUACGUCGAAGAAACCCGACACCAAGAAGGAGGUCCCCAAGCAGAAGGACGCCAAGCCCAGCGAGAAGAAGACCAACACCCCCGCUCCCAAGCAGAACGCCACUGCUGCCAAGAAGACCGAGGUCCCCGCCGCUGCCAAGCCCCAGCAGCAGCAGGAGAAGAAGAAGGACGCCGCCCCCGUUCCCUCUACCAAGCCGGCCGCCGCUGAGAAGAAGCAGGCCGAGGCCAAGAAGGCUGAUGCGUCGACGAAGAAGACCGAGGCCCCCGCCACUGCCAAGCCCCAGCAGCAGCAGGAGAAGAAGAAGGACGCUGCCCCCGCCAAGCCGGCCGCCGCUCCCGUCGCUACGAAGAAGGACGCUGUGGCUGAGAAGAAGCCUCAGCAGGCUGAAUCGAAGAAGGCGGUGACGGCUACUUCGCCCACCGCCACCCCGGCGGCUGCGACCAAGAAGACCACCGCUGCUUCGACCCCCGCCCCCUCUACUUCGACUUCGACUUCGACUUCCUCUUCCACCACUACCACUCCCGCCACUCCCGCCACGAAGACGGAAUCGAAGAAGGCCGACGCUGUCACCGCCGAUAAGAAGGAGCAAACCAAGCCGAAGAAGAAAAAGAACAAGAAGAAGGCCGCUGCCGUCCCCGUCGCUGCCACUGUCGCCGCCCCCGCAGCUCUGCCCCCGUCCGUAUCGGCUGAAGAUUAUCAAUUCGCGCUGAGCCUCGACAGCAGGGCGCGCAAUUUCCAGGAGCCCGAUGCGACGACCACCGCCAAGGACAAGGUCGUCAAGAAGGCCAACAAGGAGAAGGACAACAACCACGAUUGGGACAAGGUCAGCACAGCGGGCAAUCAAUUCAAGAAAUUGAAGGAUCGCAUCCGUACCCUCGAGGAGGAGACGGCGAGAUUGACCCGCACGAUCGGCGACGGCAAGAAGCGGAUGGAGGCGUACGUGCACGAGAACGCCAAGCUCCAGGCCAAGACCCGCGAGCUCAAGGCCUCGCUCGACGAGAAGGUGGCCAAGCUCGAGGGCCGCACCGACGAGGAGCUCUCGGCUGACUCCCCCCUCGCCGCGCUGAGCAAGCGCAACUACGUCGCCAACAGCGGCUCGCAGGAGGCCAACUCCCUCCGCGCCGAGAAGGCCGCUCUCCAGGAGCAGGUGCGCGAGCUGCAGGAGACCGUCGACGAGCUCAAGAAGAAGGUCGCCCUCUCGGCCGCCAAGGCCGGCAAGGCCAAGGUCGAGGCCAAGCCUGCUGCCGUCGCCGCUCCCGCUGCUGCCAGCUCGAGCGCCGAGGUCAGCCGCCUGGAGCAGCUCAUCGAGGAGAAGGACCAGGCCUACCGUUCCAGCCAGAGCUAUGCCGGCCAGAUCUCCGCCGAGCUGGAGAGCCUCAAGCAGGCCGAACAGAGUCUCGCCGCUAAGAACGCCGAGCUCGUGGCGGCCCUCCAGAAGCAGAAGGACGAGUCGGCCGACCUGAGCGCUCAGCUCGCCGAUCAGAAGAAGAUCGCCCAGAAGGCCGCGCAGAGCCUCGAGGCCGAGAAGCAGCGUGCCGACGAGGCCGCCGAGGAGCUCAAGGCCGCCCAGGCCAGCGAAGCCGGUGCCGAGGCCGAGGCUGCGCUGAAGCAGGAGCUCGAGGAGGUCCGCGCCAAGCUUGAGGAGCGCGAGGCGCGGGUGACCCAGCUCGAGCAGGAGUCCCUGUCCGGCGGUAACAAGGUUGUAGAAUUAGGCAUGCGCCUGGCUGAGGAGCGAGAGAAGGUCGCCACGCUCGACAAGCAGCUCGAGGAGGCCAAGGCGCUCGAGGGCCAGCUUGAGGAGGAGAAGGCCAAGUCCGCGAGCCUCGAGAAGCAGCUCGGCGAGCUGCAGGGCCAGGCCGCGCAGUCGGACAGCCAGGCCGAGGAGCACAAGGCCGAGGUCGCCAGCCUCAACACACAGCUCGACGACGAGAAGAGCCGCGCUGCCGAUCUCGAGCGACAGCUGAGCGAGCAGAAGGACAAGGCUGCUGACCUCGCCAGCCAGCUCGAGGAGACGAAGAGCCAGGCCGGCGAUUCGGGCAAGCAGAUCGAGGAGGAGCGCGCCAAGGCCGCCGACCUCGCCAAGCAGCUCGAGGCCGAGCAGGCCAAGUCGGCCGACCUCGCCAAGCAGCUCGAGGAGGUAAAGGGCCAGGCCGGCGAUUCCGACAAGCAGAUCGAGGAGGAGCGCGCCAAGGCCGCCGAGUUCGAGCGCCAGCUCGAGGAGGAGAAGACCAAGGCCGCCGACGUCGCCAAGCAGCUCGAGGCCGAGCAGGCCAAGUCGGCCGACCUCGCCAGCCAACUCGAGGCGGCCAAGAGCGAGGCCGGUGACUCGGGCAAGCAGAUCGAGGAGGAGCGCGCCAAGGCCGCUGAGUUCGAGCGUCAGCUCGAGGAGGAGAAGACCAAGGCCGCCGACGCCGCCCAGCAGCUCGAGGAGGCCAAGAGCAAGGCCACCGAGCUCGAGGGCCAGCUCGAGGGGGAGAAGAGCAAGGCCGCCGACGCCGCCAAGCAGCUCGAGGAGGAGAAGAGCCGGGCCACCGACGCUGUCAAGCAGCUCGAGGAGGCGCAGAAGCGAACGGGCGAUCUGGAGAGCCAGCUCAAGGAGGAACAGACUAAGGCCGGCGACAACUGGAGGCAGUUCGAGGAGGAGAAGAGCCGAUCCGGUGACCUGGAGCGGCAGCUCAAGGAGGAGCAGACCAAGGCCGGCGACAACUGGAGGCAGUUCGAGGAGGAGAAGAGCCGAUCCAGCGAUGCCGAACGACAGCUCGAGGAGGCCAAGGCCAAGACCGCCGAGCUGGAGAAGUUGCUCGAGGAGGAGAAGCAGAAGUCGGCCGGGCUCGACAAGCAGCUGGAGGACGAGAGGAACAGGGCCGAGUUGAGCCAGAAGAAGGAGGAGACGCCCGAGGCCAACGGAACGGAGGAGAACGGCUCGGAAGAGGCUGUCCCCGCCGAGUCCUCGUGA